AUGUGUGUUCCAUUUUUUGGGAAGGAUAUUGCCGAUGAGUUGCGGAAUACGUUUUCUCAGUUAUGUGAUUUUGAUUCAUCCCGCCAGGUUGCACGUGUUCAUGACGGAUAUGAUGCAAAUGCUUUACUAGAGCAGAUUUUUAAGAUUGCCAAUGAUAACAGUAUGGAGAAACAAACCGUUUUUAGUGAAAUAAUGGAAAUUGUUUCUAUCGGUCUCUUAAGAGGAAAUAUAAGAGAAGACCAGAUUGAGAAAACCGUACCAGAAGGAAAAACAAGGAUCAAAGAGUUGAUCAAGAAAUGGGGAUUUUAUACAAGAAAGAAUGCCAAGGAGAAAAGUAUUCUUGCCCCGAUGACUUUGACAUUUUCUAGAAUGAUUUUGUUAUUUCCUCAUUUUGCUAGUCUGAUAUUAUUUCGUAACCCUGUAAAGUUUGGAAACAGAUUUCCUGAUAAUUCAACAAGAUAUCCAGCCCAGACUUUCAAGCUUCCAAUAGCAAUGAAACAUUUGGGUUUUGGGGGACUUAUUCCUACUGGAGUAGGCAAUCUUCUGCAUAAUGAAAUUCUUGAGGUAGCUAGUUUGGCUUUUAUGGUGGAAUUUAGCAUUAUGGUCAAUCCUUCAUUCAACAAGACUUUUUUGGUCGCGUAUGAAGGUCAGAAACCUUAUAUGCAUGCUGCUAAGAACUGUGCAAUGCCGGGUAGUGAUAGAAUUGCCUUCUUGAUAAGUCUUGGAUUGGAUACUGUUGAAUCCAUCACUAGAAUUGUUGAAGUUGCUAAUUCUGCAAUGGUUGCUUGUGGUGCUAAAACUAGAUAUACCAUGAGUUCUUUCCAGCCAUUAACCCAAGGAACAAAGAUAAAGAUUAUCGAGGAUGAUACUCUUUAUGCUCAUGCUGUAGCAGGAGCGUCGGGAUUAGCUGCUGCUUACAUGGGUAAAACAGCAUCUUCUUCACAAGAGACUGGAUAG